CAGAGAGUAUCCUAUGGAUGACCCAUCAAUAAAAACACGGUUAAUAGAUUUGUAUGAACAUGAAUACGAUGAAGUCCAGGAGCUGCCAGAAGAAACAAGUAUUCAGCCUCAGCCCCCGGAGUCAAGCACAACAUCCACGAACGGCACUGCAGCAGCUACUGGAGGCACAGGAACAUCUGGUGGAGGGCCAUCUGGAGUUUCGUCGCCACCGGCGCCAGCCAUCGCUGUGGAUUCGGUACCCGAGCUGCCAGCGCCCAAGCAAAAGUCUGUAAAGAAUUCCAAGAACAAACAGAAGCAGAAGCAGGUGGCGAACAAGUCGAAAAUUCCGAGAUCCCCAUCGCUGGCGAGCAGCUUAAGCAGUCUGGCCAGCACCCUGAGCGGUCAUCGGGAUCGCGACAAAGAUCGGGACCGUGAUCGGGAGAACCACAAUAGCCAGAGUUCAGUUCCUCCACAGACGCCGCCGUUGCCAGCCAGCUACCAGCAGUCGAAUAAGCAGCAGGGCCAGAUGAAUGGUGACACCAACACCACCACUACCACUGGUGGAGGUGUGGCGACACCAUCCACGCCCACGUCCCUCAACAAUAACAAUGCCAACAGUAGCAACAACAACGGCAGCAUAAUGACCGGAGGUGUGCCACUAAAUCAGCAAUCGGAUGGCGUCCAAACGCCGGGAGAGCGGAGCAGUCUUAACCUGGGCGGCGGUGGCCAUUCCCAGGAGCCCACCACUCCAGUGACGACACCGGGAAUAGUAUUACCAAAAAAUUUUCAGUAUUUAACCCUAACCGUGCGCAAGGAUGGCAACGGAUACGGCAUGAAGGUUUCCGGCGACAACCCGGUGUUUGUGGAAAGCGUCAAGCCCGGAGGGGCGGCUGAGAUUGCGGGCCUCGUUGCCGGCGAUAUGAUACUGAAGGUUAAUGGCCAUGAAGUGCGACUGGAGAAGCAUCCAACUGUUGUGGCUCUCAUAAAAGCCUCUACUACAGUGGAGCUUGCCGUGAAGCGAAGCCAAAAAAUGACGCGACCCACUUCGGUUAGUGUGGUGACGCCCUCGACCCCGAUACUUUCUGGAAGGGAUCGCACUGCUUCCAUAACAGGACCCCAGCCAGUGGAUAGUAUCAAGCGACGUGAGAUGGAGACGUACAAAAUCCAGACGCUGCAGAAAAUGCUGGAGCAGGAGAAGCUGAAUCUGGAGCGCUUGAAGGGUGACCAGAACAAUCCCAGCUACAAGUUGUCGGAGGCGAACAUUCGCAAGCUGCGCGAGCAACUGCAUCAAGUGGGUGCCGAGGAUGCACCGACUGUUAAGCUCCAGGCAGCCGCCGGCAACAAGAACACUGCAUUACUAACGCCCAACCAAAUCCAACACUUGUCCACGUCCGCGUCCGCCACUCACAGCAAUCAGCAAUUCCAUCCUCUCCACCACCAUCACAACCACCACAACAACAACUACCCGCAGCAGCCGACACAUCAGCAGCCCAGCAGCAACUCCUCACCCGCAUUCCUCUCCCUUCUGCCGCGUUCCCUUUCGUCCCUCUCCCUGGGCACUCGCAAGAACAAGAUCGACAAGGAUUUCGGCGGUGCAUCGUCGCCCUUCGGCCUAACGACUGACUUCCUGCACAACCAGCGUAUGAGCCACCAGGCCGAGUCCAUGUCGCAGUCCCUGCACCAGCAUACAAGCUCCACACCCACCUCCACGCAGUACCACCAGCAGAUGCAGCAGCAGCAGCAUCGGUUCAAGGACUCGGGAUCCUCGUCGAAAAGCAAGAACAAGUUCGCCAUCUCGAGGAGCCUCAUUGAGGAGGAUGUGCCACCGCCGCUGCCGCAACGCAACCCACCUAGGACACUGAACUUGGACCUGAAGAACGGCAAUGCAUCACCUGGAGGCGGGUUAAUGGCUCCCGUUUCCGACCUGGACCGCGCCACCAGUCCCCAACUGAACCGAUCACAGCAGCAGCAUCACUUUCCCAGCAGCAACGAGAAUAGUCCCAGCAACGCCAAGUCCAAACGUUCCAAAACCAAGACCAAGGCCCUGUCCGACCCAAAGAUGUCCACGCAAAUGUUCCUGCAAAUGGAAUCGGCCAGUUCGGGAGGAGCUGCCGGUGGAUCUAUCGAAGUGGACGGUGGUCCACCGCCACUGCCGCCUCGAUUGCCGGGCAUGAUGACCGAGGAGAUGAGUCGCGGCAGCUGCCAGAAUCUCAACCAACCGAACUCCGUGGCCACGUCGUUUAACUAUCCACUGGUGUCCACCACCACCGCGGUUCAGGGCGACAACAUGAAGAACGCCUUUCCGCUCUCCCAGCGGCCCAAUAUUGUCCAGCAGCUGCAGCAAUACCAGCAGCAGCAGCAGCAGCAGCAACAUCAAAUGGGUGGUGGCCAGGCCACAUCAGCUCUUGGACAGACGCCCAAGCUGGGGAAAAACAAACACCGUCGCGUCGGCUCUUCUCCAGACAAUAUGCAUCCUCGGCAUCCAGAUCGAAUGACGAAAACCACCUCUGGCUCCUGGGAGAUUGUCGAAAAGGAUGGAGAAGUCACACCACCCGGCACUCCGCCGCCACCUUAUCUCACCAGCUCGCACAUGACAGUGCCCGAGGAUCCCAACGAGAACUGUCGCGGCGGAGGGGCAGCUGGAAUCUUCAUCGAGUCCCAUCAGUUCACACCGAUAGCAGGCGCCUCGUCUCCCAUCCCGACUUCUCUACAUUCCUGCCACAUUCAGGCGGCCCAGUCGAAUGACACGCAGAAGGAGAUCAUCUCGAUGGAGGAUGAGAACUCGUCGGACGCGGAUGAGCCGUUCAUCGAUGAAAACGGACCCUUCAAUAAUCUUACCCGUCUCCUGCAAGCAGAGAAUGUCACCUUCCUCGCCAUCUUCCUGAACUACGUGAUCUCGAACUCGGAUCCCGCGCCGCUGCUCUUCUACCUGAUCACCGAGCUCUACAAGGAGGGCACCUCCAAGGAUAUGCGAAAGUGGGCCUACGAGAUUCACUCCACGUUCCUGGUUCCUCGUGCUCCGUUGUCGUGGUACCGCCAGGACGAAUCUCUGGCUCGCGAGGUGGACAAUGUGUUGCAGUCCGAGUUCGAUAAGGUGGAGAUCCUGCGCACCGUCUUCCUGCGCAGCCGUAAGCGUGCCAGGGACUUGAUUAGCGAGCAACUGCGCGAGUUCCAGCAAAAGCGCACCGCCGGUCUGGGCACUAUUUACGGUCCCACGGACGACAAGCUGGCAGAGGCCAAAUCGGAUAAACUGAGGGAGCAGAUUAUCGACAAAUAUUUGAUGCCCAACCUGCAGUUGCUUAUUGAAGAGGAAAACACUUCUCCCGAGGAUGUCCGUAAAGUGGCCCUCUGCUCGGCCCUGUCCACGGUGAUCUAUCGCAUCUUCAACAGCCGGGCGCCGCCGAGCAACAUUGUCGAGCGGGUCCAUCACUUUGUGAGCAGAGACAAGAGUUUCAAAUCGCGCCUCAUUGGAAAGAAUCGCAAGAUGAACGUUCGUGGUCAUCCAUUGGUAUUACGUCAAUACUAUGAAGUGACGCACUGCAAUCAUUGCCAGACGAUAAUCUGGGGUGUGAGUCCGCAAGGUUAUCACUGUACAGACUGUAAACUGAAUAUACACCGUCAAUGCGCCAAAGUCGUUGACGAGAGUUGUCCCGGUCCUUUGCCGCAAGCCAAACGUCCUGCAAAUAACGAUAAAAUCAGUAAAUUAAUGGGAAAAAUUCGGCCGCGCACUAGCGACGUCAUGGGAAAUGAGAAACGCAGUCGCCAAGAGGAGGAUAUGGAUGUUGACCUGACGCCAGAUCGUGGCAACUCGUCGAUUGUGCGCCAACCUUCCGAUCGACGGCCAGAUGCCAACAUCUCUAUACGUUCGAAUGGAAACACUUCCUGCAACACCUCGGCACUGAACACUACUGACCUGCAGAGCUCUUUUCACGGCAGCUGCGCCAACGACAGUAUCAACACCGUCGGUGGCGCCAUGGACUUGUCCACCAGCGUGGCAUCUACGGCACCGUCGAGCUGUGGCUCCGUUUCCGCCGGUCUGAGUGGCUUUGGCGAGCUGACGGCACAGGAUUCGGUGGAUAAGGAUGCACGUAGAGAGCGUUACACGCAACAUGCUCAGCACAAGAGCGCCCCGGUGUCGGUGAAUCGCUCGGAAUCGUACAAGGAGCGCUUGAGCAACAAGAGGAACCGCAACAGUCGUCGCAAGACCUCUGAUCCAAGUCUGUCGUCGCGACCCAAUGAGGAGCAACCAGACUUGGGUCUCGCCAACGCAAACUAUGUGGCCAGUUCAAAUUCUAGUCUAUCUUCAGCUGGCGGCAGCGAGAGUCCCAGCACCUCGAUGGAGCACUUUGCCGCUGGUGGCGGAGCCGUGGGUGGAGUCCAGGCCAUGCCGAGUGGCCUGAACCAGAACCAGCACCCCCACUUCUUGAUUCAGCAGCACGCCCAGCAGCACUGCCAACAGGAUUCCUUUCAGGGCAGCCUACCCGGAUCGGCUGGCAGCGUUGCAGUCAACAGAUUCUGGGGAGCUGGAGGACAUCCCAUGCCCAGGCAAUGGAAUAUGGAGAGCGACGACGAGGACGAUGUCAACGAGGCGGACUGGAGUUCCAUGGUGGCCGCCGAGAUGCUGGCAGCUCUAACAGAUGCCGAAAAGAAGCGCCAAGAGAUUAUCAAUGAAAUCUACCAAACUGAACGAAACCAUGUGCGCACCCUGAAGCUGCUUGAUCGGCUCUUCUUUUUGCCGCUUUACGAGAGCGGGCUGCUCUCCCAGGAUCACUUGCUGCUGUUGUUCCCGCCCGCCCUGCUGCACCUCCGCGAGAUUCACGGCGCCUUCGAGCAGCAGUUGAAGGGGCGGCGCAUCGAGCACAACCAUGUGGUUAACCACCUGGGAGACCUGUUGUCCGAAAUGUUUGAUGGCCAAUCGGGCGACGUACUCUGCGAAUAUGCAGCCCAGUUCUGUGCCCGGCAGCAAAUCGCCUUGGAGGCGCUGAAGGAAAAGCGCAACAAGGACGAACAGCUGCAGAAACUGUUGAAGAAGUCCGAGUCCCACAAGGCCUGUCGCCGCCUGGAACUGAAGGACUUGCUGCCCACUGUGCUGCAGCGCCUCACCAAGUAUCCCUUGUUGUUUGAAAAUCUUUACAAGGUAACAGUGCGAGUGCUACCAGAGAACACCAUCGAAGCAGAGGCCAUCCAGAGAGCUGUGGAGUCCUCCAAGAAGAUUCUUGUCGAGGUCAACCAGGCCGUAAAGACAGCAGAGGAUGCUCACAAACUGCAGAACAUUCAGCGCAAGUUAGACAGAUCCUCCUAUGACAAGGAGGAGUUUAAAAAGUUGGACUUGACCCAGCAUCGCCUCAUCCACGAUGGAACUCUGACGAUUAAGAAGAAUCCAGGCGUUCAGCUUCACGGUCUUCUGUUCGAUAACAUGAUCGUUUUGCUAACCAAGCAGGAUGAUAAAUACUUCUUGAAGAACUUGCACACUCCUCUGUCGGUGAACAACAAGCCCGUUAGCCCCAUCAUGAGCAUUGAUGCUGAGACCCUGGUGCGUCAGGAAGCGGCCGACAAGAACUCGUUCUUCCUCAUCAAGACAAAGUCAUCACAAAUGCUGGAGUUGCGAGCUCCCAGCAGCUCGGAAUGCAAAACAUGGUUUAAGCAUAUAUCGGAUGCUAUUGCCCAGCACUCGAAGAAUCGUUCGAAGAACGCACCGAACAGCCAUGAAACGAGCGUCAGCGAUACACCGCUCUCCACCAUUCCCCAUUCCAGCACCAAAGAUUCGCUGGAGCUUACCUCCGAUGUGCCACAACCGAUGGCAGCGACGGCCACGGUUACCACAACCCCUCUGGCUCCAAUGCUACCAAUAGCCACCGUAACCCCAGCACCAGCGAGCAACACCAGCUCCAUAUCCGGAGUGCAGCUGCGAAAUCCGCAACGGGAUGCGGGAACCAAUGAUUCUGAUGCUGAUUACGUGAACACACCCAAGCAGCGUUCGAGCCAGAAUGAUGUCAAUCGCUCGAUGUCGAUCAGGAGCAGUGGCGAACCAAGCCACCGGGCCAAUGGAUCGGAGCCAGGCGAUGUUACUCUGCGCCAUUCACAGUCUGCCAGGGAGUCACGGGAAUCUCGACCGGGGUCCACUGGCGAGGAACGCAACUCGACCUAUGGAAUGGUGGGUGGGCACUCGAAACGAGACAGUGCAUCGAUCAUCUGCUCGAACAAUUCGAACAACACGCGCACCUUGCUGAUGCAGAGCCCCCUGGUGGACUCCACGGCCAUCCAGGUCAGUUGCAGUUCGGCCCAUGUCGCAGAACCGUUUUUGACACCCGGAGAGAAGCUUCGUCGGCUGGACGCCUCUAUUCGAAAUGAUCUGCUGGAGAAGCAGAAGAUCAUUUGUGAUAUAUUCCGUUUGCCCGUGGAGCACUACGACCAGAUUGUGGAUAUUGCAAUGAUGCCAGAGGCGCCGAAAGACAGUGCAGACAUUGCGCUAGCUGCUUACGAUCAGAUUCAGACCCUGACCAAGAUGCUUAAUGAAUACAUGCACGUUACCCCGGAGCAGGAGGUCUCCGCAGUGUCCACUGUGGUGUGCAACCACUGUCACGAGAAGGACAAGUUGCGCAAGAAGCCGGUGGUGGCCACGUUGUCCUCCUCUAGCGAUACACCGCCGCCGCUGCCGCCACCCAAUAGGCAGCAGGCACAACCGCAGGCCCAGCCGCAGAUUCCGCCGGCUAGGCCGAUGCCCAAGCUCCAGCCCUUGGACCUUGUCGAAGUUGCCAUACACGAAGACGACGACGGCUACUGUGAAAUUGACGAGUUACGCCUGCCGGCGAUUCCGUCCAAGUCGCAGGACUCUGUGCCCACUACUCCACUAGCUCCCUUCAAAGCGGAGCCCAAAUCUCCGAAAGAAGUUGCCGAGGAGCCAGCGAAACUCCAAAGAGCGGAUGCUAUUUCUCGGGAGCCGUCGCUGGAGGAGAAGGAAAAGGUUGCUGAGGAAGCACACCCGCCGCUAGAAGCAGAAAGUGAACAAUCUAAAGAUGAAAAGGAAACCCUGGGAACGGAAACAUCCGAUGAAGCUGAAGGUUCGUCGAGAAAGGUCGAUAACAAAGAGGCGUUGGAUGAAUCACAAAAAGAGAACAACGAGGAAGCCCCAGUAGAGAAGGAAGACAAGCCCGAAGAUGAUAAAACCGACGUCAGCGAAGCAGUCAUCGCUGAAGCUUCUGGAACCCUAGUAGAUAGCUCCACUCAGACAGUUCCAGAGACGACAGCCGAAACGGAUAAGUUAUUCGGAGGAUCGGGCAGUACUUGUGGUCCGAAUCGCAUCCAGCAUGCGAGUGCCCUCGAGCCGAGUGUGCCCUGUCAUGCGCUCAGCAGCAUUUUGACCGUACUGAACGAGCAGAUUUCCCUGCUUUUGCCAAAAAUUAAUGAACGCGAUAUGGAGAGGGAGCGUCUGCGCAAAGAGAAUCAACAUCUUCGCGAGCUAUUGAGCGCUCAACUGGGACGCCAGCGAGUUGAUGAAGUAAAGGAAACUCCUUUCGAUCUUUCAAAACUAAUGCAUGCUGAGGAUGUAGAGAUUGAUGACGAUAUUGACGACGCCAUUUCCAACAGUUCACUGACGCCAACGCCCACGCCCAUACCGGCGGAGGCGGGUUCGAGCAGCGCGGCCAGCAGCCAAGUUCAGACAGCGGAAGCCAUGAGAGUUAACAGCACUGAGGACAAGGAAUAGGAGACUUGUUUAAUUAUUUUGUAUAAAAUACAUAUUUGUUCUUGUUUUCCCCUCCCCUCCCCACCCCCCUGAAUGCGCAUUCGUCCAAUUGAAUUGGGCGGCGAUGAUGUUUUACGAGUAGCCUUGAUUAGAGCAUGCCUUUUACUAUUGUUAAUGUAGCUACAUUUGUUUCUUAAAAAUAUUAUGUAUUCCACAAGAACCAAUAACACUUGAAUUAAGAUUAUCUAUGUCCCCCCUCGUAAAACUAAUUAAAUACAUACAUAUAUAAAUAUAUGCAUAUUAUCGACUUAAAGAAUAUGAUAUCUGCUAAAAACACAAUGUUUGAUACAUUUAUAAAGAACAAUAAACAAUAUAUAGUUAUUGAGACGAACGA